CUAAUAAUAGGUGUCUACUAAUAAGUGAUCAUAUGUUUUCUCUUUGGAUAAAACAAAUCCCUACUACAAAAAAAAUAAAUAAAAUAAACCAACGUCAUUGAGACAAAAGUAAAGCGCAUAAAAGACAUUUUUAUACCUCAUAUUUUUCCAAGGAGAUUGACAUAUUAUGAAAAGAUAAUAUUUUAAUUUCAGGAUAAUAUUAUUGAUCAUUUUACAAAUAAUACUCAAUCAUGCCUACAGAUUUGAGUCUUGACGACAUCUCCAUUUUAAAAAAAGAUAACGUGAAAAUCCGUGACUUUGACAAUGUUAUUAAUAAGAUUAAAAAAAUCCGAGCGGAUGGGCCAAACAAACUACAAAUCGUUACAGAUUUUGACAGAACAGUUACAAAACAGCAUGUUAAUGGUAGACAAGUUUUGAGUAGUUUUGGAAUAUUUUUUAAAAGCAGCCAAAUAUCAAAUAAUUUAAAAGCAGAAGAACAACGAUUGUUCCACAAGUAUCGUCCAAUUGAACUUGAUCAUGACCUAGAUAUACUCAAAAAAAUAGAGGCAAUGGAAUCGUGGAUGAAAGAAACUGAUGAAAUCCUCAGAGGGGUUAAUUUUGAUACCUAUGAAAUUGAAGAGGUGGUGAAAGUCCAUGGUACUGACGUCAGAGAUCGAACGAAAGAAUUAAUUGACAGAUUGAACGCUGCUGCUGUACCAGUGCUUGUUUUUAGUGCUGGUCUUGGUGAUGUAGUUGAAGCUAUUUUGAAGCACCAUGACGUCUUCCUAGAUAAUGUUAAAGUUAUAUCCAAUUUUUUGAGCUACAAAGACGGCAAAAUAAAUGGGUUCAAAAACGAUAAGUUAAUUCAUGUGUUCAACAAAAAUGAGCAUGUCAUUGAUAAAGAUUACUAUAAUACUCUAAAAUCAAGAAGUAACGUGGUACUAAUGGGAGACAUGACCGGCGAUGCGACGAUGGCUGAUGGUUCAAGUUGCGAGACAGUUUUAAAAAUUGGUUUUCUUUAUGAACAUGCUGAAACAGCGCUUCCGUCUUAUUUGGAUGUAUUUGAUAUUGUACUAAUUGAUGAUCAAUCCAUGGAUGUUAUUAUUGAUAUCCUCAGACCAAUUCUUUGAAAAUUUUACUUAUAUAUUUAUUAUAAAAA